AUGCAGCUGAAGCAGAAACCAGCAGAGGACAAUCCAAUCUUCUUGCCAUCUGAUCCUGAGUACGACUGGCUGAUGGCAAAGAUUUUUGUCAGAAGUGCAGAUUUCAGUGAGCWCCAGCWCAACGUUCACCUGCUGCGCACUCACCUGCUGGCUGAGGUCUUCGCAGUGUCACUGUUGCGCAACGUGCCCAUGGUGCAUCCUCUCCACAAGCUUCUCAUACCUCACACUCGCUACACUCUGCAGAUCAACUUCUUAGCUCGGAAAAGACUCAUAUCUGAGGAGGGUGUUUUCACCAAAUUUUCAGCUUCUGGAGGAGAGGGCAUGAUCACAAUUCUGAGGAGAUCACUGUCCUCAGUAACAUACAGCUCCCUCUGUGUGCCAGAAGACAUUGCUGAGCGCGGACUGAAGGACGUACCAAACUUCUACUACAGAGAUGAUGCACUCAGAGUGUGGGACACUAUCAACAAUUUUGUGCGGGGUAUCCUGAGCUACUACUACAAGACUGAUGCUGAAGUUCAGCAAGACUCCGAACUUCAAAAGUGGAUUUUGGACAUUUUUGAACAUGGAUUCCUUUCCCAGCCUCGUUCAGGAAUCCCACAGAAACUUACCACAGUGGAUGAGCUCAUCAAGUUUGUCACCAUGGUGAUCUUCACCGGCUCAGCCCAGCAUGCUGCUGUGAACAGUGGACAGUUUGACUUUGGUAGCUGGAUGCCAAACACUCCAGUCUCCCUGCAACUGCCACCUCCUACCAAAAAAGGGGAAGCGACUGAAGAAACGAUGCUGAAAACACUGCCGGACGUCAACACCACAGUUCGGGGCAUGGCCACCAUGUGGCUGCUCAGCAGGCAGUCCAGUGACUUUGCACCUCUUGGCCAGUACCCCGAGGACCACUUCAGUGAGGAGACUCCACGGCAGAUGAUAGCGAACUUUCAAAAGGAGCUGGCGGCGUUGAGUGCAGCAAUCAAAGAGAGAAACAAGACUCUGGAGGUGCCGUACACAUACUUGGAUCCAGAGGAGGUAGAAAACAGUGUGGCUAUUUAGGGAAGUAAGAGAAGUUUCCUCUCAGUUUUCUUAGUUGAUAAUAAUCCCACACUGAUGUGCUUCAUGUUAUUUUAGGUGUAUUAUUGGAACUUUUUAUGAAUAUUUUUGGGGGGAGCAGACGGGACCUGAUAAUUAUUUUCAAUUUUAUUUCAGUUUUGGUUUAAUGUAUAAURCAGAUUUGAAUGCAAUGUUGUUAUUUGGGAUGCAUUCAGAGAAAUAUGGAGUCAGAGGAUUGAGUGUACCGACCCUAUAAAGUUUUUUUCUCUCUUUUACGUAUGGUAAUGGAAUAACAUUCUACACCAAAGAGAAUAUCUAACAUUGUGUUUUGGAGACAUGUUUUGCAUAAGAGAUAUUUUUGCAACAGAAAACAAUUCUUCAGGGUUUAUGAUCAAGUACUAAGAUGAAAGAAUCUACAUUUUAGAAAGUGAAUUUCUCAAAUUUGUUGCUUAAAAAUAUCUGUGCAAGAAUCUAUGGCAAAGUGAAAAUAAAAACGCUUUUAAGCAGAAAACAAUUAUUGUGCAUUUCACUACAUGUUUGCUUACACUUUUGUAGCCAAACAAACAAAAUCAAGAAGAAUGAAUGUAGAAGUCAAGCUGAUGAAAUUAUUUACUGUGUUUAGAGAAGAGCCAGCCAAGGACACAUAGCUGGGCUUUAAGCAUUUGUGCUUAGUACUAAAGUAUAAAGUGUAGCUGUAGUGUGCUUUGAUUUGUCCUUUAGCAUUCCUUCUCAUUAUCUUACC